CAAAGAUAUAAGUGAGUUGCUAGCAGCAAUGGAAUAUAUUAUCUGCAGGACAGGACAAGUAUCCCACUUUACAGAAACAUGUUAUGGACAAUAUUCUUACUGCUUAUACUAGUUUUCCUUUACUCAACUCGCACAAGACAGAAAAACGAGCCACCUCUGGACAAAGGUUUCAUUCCAUGGUUGGGGCAUGCUCUUGAGUUUGGAAAAGAUGCCGCAAAGUUUUUGGCCCGGAUGAAAGACAAACAUGGGGAUAUCUUCACAGUCCGUGUUGCUGGUAAAUUUGUGACGGUGCUGUUGGACCCGAGCUCUUUCGAUGCCGUAAUGAAUGACACAGUCUGCUUGGACUUCACCCGGAACAGAAACCAGCUCAGGCAAAGGAUCUUCAGUCUGCAGCUGCAGAGCAUCAAACCGACAGCAGAGAGGAAAUGGAUGGAACUGCAUUUUCAAGGUCUCGGUCUUUCCAAACUCAGCGGCUCCAUGAACUCUCACCUUCAGAACCUGCUGCUGAGCGACCAGCAAGGCUGCAUCCCUUCAGAGUGGAGACAGGACGGACUCUUUAGCCUUUGUUACAGCCUACUCUUCAGGGCGGGAUAUCUUACAUUGUUUGAGAAGCCAGACAAUGUUACGGCAGUGUACAAUGAGUUCCGCAAGUUUGACGAUCUUCUCACCAAACUGGCUCGCUCCUCAGUCAAGCGAGAGGAAAGGAAAAUGGCAAACAUAUCCCGGGAGCGACUUUGGGAGCUGCUGUCCCCAAACUGGCUGAGCGGAGGGUCAGAGUCAAACUGCUGGCAGCAGAGCUACCGUCACUUCCUGAAGGAGGAGGGAGUAGACGCAGAAAUGCAGAAAAGAGCUUUACUCUUGCAGCUGUGGACCACACAGUGCAAUGCUGGACCUACUGCCUUUUGGCUCCUUGGCUUCCUGCUCACUCACCCUGAGGCCAUGGAGGCAGUUAAAUCAGAGAUCAGAGGCCUUACUCUGCGGGACACUUCCCUACAGCACAACCCGCCAGAAGCACACAGCACACCUGUGCUUGAUAGCGUUCUGAGCGAGACCCUACGGCUCACCGCUGCGGUGAUGAUCCGCAGAGAGGUGGUGCAGAACAAGAUCCUGCACAUGGCCAAUGGACAGGAGUACCACCUCAGACAAGGGGACAUAGUUUGUCUGUUCCCCUUCCUCAGCCCUCAAAUGGACCCACAGAUACACCAAGAACCACAGAUUUUCCAGUAUGAUCGCUUCUUAAAUGAUAUGACAGUGAAGGAUAAAUUCUACAAAGAUGGAAAAAGGCUGAAGUACUACACCAUGCCCUGGGGUGCAGGGACUAACAUCUGUGUUGGGAAGGAGUUUGCUGUUACAGCCAUUAAACAAUUUGUGUACUUGCUCUUGACCCAUCUUGAUCUGGAGAUGUGCGACCCGGAGGCUAAAAUGCCACCAGUUAAUCCAAGUCGCUACGGCUUUGGGAUGCUCCAGCCGGACGGAGAUCUGCAGGUCCGAUACAGACUGAAGAGGACACAGCAUGCAAAUAGGAUUUGAUAAUUUGAGUAACUGUAUAUAACUGUAAAAUUGUUGAUUGAUCAAGUAUGUACUGUAGCACUAUUUAUUCAGUAUUUAGUAUUUAGUUAUUUAGUAUUUAGUUAUAUUUACUCAGUGCAUCUUUUUUUGGUAUUAAUAUUUGCAAUAAAAAUGAAGAACUAA